AUGAGGAGUGCUAUCAUGGACGAGAGUCACGUCAUAGAUACGAGCAAGAGCGUGUUGGAGAAUAUGGGGGGAAAACGUCGAAGAUAUGAAGGUGCAAGGAGGACACCUGGUAGGCAAUGCUUUUCUUUUGAGUAUUUUCUUCUGAUUGAGGCAUUCUUUUUAACUUUUGCAUCUUGUUAUGAUCAUGCUUUUCUAAUUCUUCCUCAAAUAUUUAUUCAACAGGUAAUUCGUGAAAAUCAGGUGGUGGUGGUGGUUGGAGAAACUGGUUCGGGAAAGACAACCCAACUUACGCAGUAUCUUCACGAAGACAGAUACACUUCAAAUGGCAUAGUAGGUUGCACUCAACCAAGGUGAGUAGCAGCUAUGAGCGUUGCUAAAAGGGUUAGUGAAGAGAUGGAAACUGAGUUGGGGAAUAAAGUUGGCUAUGUUAUUCGUUUUGAAGAUGUGACUGGACCAAACACUUUAAUCAAGUACAUGACUGAUGGAGUACUUCUUCGUGAAACUUUAGAAGACUCUGAUCUUGACAAGCACCGCAUUAUUGUGAUGGAUGAAGCACAUGAAAGAUCACUGAGUACACAUGUAUUGUUUGGGAUAUUGAAGAAAGCAGUUGCUCAGUGCAGGGAUUUCAAGCUGAUUGUUACAUCUGCAACGUUAAAUGCUCAGAAAUUUUCUAAGUUCUUUGGCAGUGUACUAAUUUUCCACAUUCCGGGACGCACUUUUCCGGUCAAUAUUUUGUACAAUCAGACUCCAUGUGAAGUUUAUGUUGAAGGUGCAGUUAAACAGGCCAUGACUAUUCCCAUAACAAGCCCUCCAGAUCAUGCUUUGAUGGGUGAGCAAUUGGGAUGCAUUAAUGAGGUUUUAACAAUUCUGUCAAUGCUUUCAGUGCCGUCAGUGUUCUUCAGGCCUAAAGAUAGGAUAGAAGAGAGUGAUGCGGCAAGGGAAAAAAAUUUUGUUCCAGAAUCUGAUCAUUUAACCCUUCUCAAUGUUCACCAGCAGUGGAAAGAGCAUGAUCAUCGGGGAGAUUGGUGUAACAAUCACUUUUUGCAUGUUAAAGAAUUGAGAAAGGCUAGAGAUGUGAGGUCCCAGCUACUGGAUAUUUUCAAGCCGUUGAAAAUCCCAUUAAUUCCUUGUGGACCUGAUUGGGAUGUGAUUCGAAAAGCCAUUUGGCCUGCAUAUUUCCACAAUGCAGCAAGACUGAAGGGUGUUGGGGAGUAUGUCAAUUGCAGGAACGGAAUGCCUUGCCAUUUGCACCCAAGCAGUGCUUUAUAUGGCUUGGGUUAUACACCGGACUAUGUUGUUUGCCAUGAAUUGAUCCUAUCGAUGAAGGAGUACAUGCAGUGUGCCACAGCAGUGGAGCCGCAAUGGCUGGCUGAGCUAGGACCUACGGUUUUCUCUGUGAAGGAAUCAGAUAUGUCAAUGUUGGAGCAUAAGAAAAAACAGAAGGAAGAGAAGACGGCAAUGGAAGAGGAGAUGGAAAUUUUGAGGAAGGAACAAUUAGAGGCGGAGAGAAAAAGCAAGGAGAAGGAAAGAGAAAAGAGGAGGAAGCAACAACAACAGAUUUCAAUUCCAGGAAUGGGCCGAGGUUCUUCCACAUAUCUGCGACCUAAGAAGUUCGGCUUGUGAAUUCGUCUCAGUAGAUUGAAACAUAGAUUUCUCUCAAUUUUUACAGAAGAUGUAAACUUUUUUAU